UAUUGAUUGAACUGUGGAGGGAAAUGUUAGAGCUUGCGUCAUAGAAGCGUUGUAAAUAAGUAUUUUGUUUAUUUUGGGAAUAACGGCCAGAAGUACAUGAAGUCAACUCAGGUUUUUUACACGUUAAACUUCGCAUAAAAUAACUUGGAGGUCGCAUUUUGUUUAAAGAAGUAUAAAGGAAAGUGAAAUAGACCAAAAUGCAGAGACGAGGUGGUAAGCGUAUAAGGAUGGAUGAUCCUCCACCGCCAGAAUACGAGUCACCGAUGACACCCAUGACCCCGAUGGACGGAAGUGGAUCAGAAAUCCAAGAACCGUAUACACCGUACACCCCGUACAGUAAUCAGCCAUCUACACCUCUUCACACGGGAGGUGAAGUCUACUCAGGCAAUGACCAGUAUGCAGGUGAGCCAUCAGGGAUGUAUCAUCAUCAUCAGCAGCAGCAGCAGCAGCAACAACAACAACAACAGCAACAGCAGCAGCAACAACUCUACUCACCAUCUGCACAGCAACAAACACAGUAUGAGGUCACUCAGCCACAACAGCAGCAGUCAGAGCCUAGUUUUGAUCAGCAGUACGAGCAGCCAGCUACUCCACUUAACAUGAGAAUCCGUGUUACUCGUUCACGAGCACGUAGUGCAAAUGCUGCAGCAGCUGCUGCCGCUGCUGGUAUAACUCCAUCUACACCAGUUGCUCCUCCUCCACCACCACCAAAGCGUGUGCUUGCAAGUGAAGAACCUAGGAGACGUCGACCUGGCCGCAAACCCAUUUCAGAAAUGCUGUCUGAAGAUGAAACGUGUCUCUAUUUUGUGGUCCGUCAGGGCAAGAUAUCACUCCAGGUGAUUGUGGAUGACUGGAUCGAGUCUUACAAGAGCAAUCGUGAUUCUGCCCUGCUUGCAUUAAUGCAAUUCUUCAUCAACGCUUCUGGUUGUAAGGGAAAGAUCACACCUUCCAUGCAGUCCUCAAUGGAACAUGCUGCUAUCAUCAGAAAGAUGACAGAGGAGUUUGAUGAAGAGAGUGGAGAAUAUCCACUCAUCAUGUCGGGGCAGACCUGGAAAAAAUUCAGAAACAAUUUCUGCGAAUUUGUGCAGAUACUUGUGAAGCAAUGUCAGUACUCCAUCAUUUAUGACCAAUACCUAAUGGACAAUGUAAUUUCACUACUGACAGGUUUGUCUGAUUCCCAAGUCCGUGCAUUCCGACAUACAGCCACAUUGGCAGCCAUGAAGUUGAUGACUGCACUUGUUGAUGUUGCUUUAACUGUAUCAAUAAAUCUUGACAAUACCCAACGCCAGUAUGAAUCAGAACGACAGAAGACUCGCGAUAAGCGUGCCAGUGAUCGGCUUGAAUCUCUUAUGGCGAAACGACAGGAACUUGAAGAAAACAUGGAUGAGAUAAAAAAUAUGCUUACUUACAUGUUUAAAUCUGUGUUUGUUCACAGAUACAGGGAUACUCUUCCUGAGAUUCGGGCAAUUUGCAUGGCAGAAAUAGGAGUUUGGAUGAAAAAGUUUCAUCAAAAUUUCCUUGAUGACUCAUAUCUGAAAUACAUUGGUUGGACAUUACAUGACAAAGUUGGAGAAGUUCGUUUGAAAUGUUUGCAGGCUCUGCAGCCACUGUAUGCCUCAGAAGAGUUGAAAGGAAAGUUGGAAUUGUUCACAAGCAAAUUCAAGGAUCGUAUUGUUGCAAUGACUUUGGACAAAGAGUAUGAUGUUGCAGUACAAGCUGUCAGGCUUGUUAUAAGCAUUUUAAAGCACCAUAGGGACAUACUAACAGAUAAGGAUUGUGAGCAUGUCUAUGAACUUGUAUAUUCAUCACACCGGGCUGUUGCACAAGCUGCUGGAGAAUUUUUGAAUGAGAGAUUGUUUGUCCCUGAUGAAGAAGCCGUUGCUGGAAUAAAGACAAAACGAGGAAAGAAACGACUGCCCAACACACCACUUAUCCGUGAUCUUGUACAGUUUUUUAUAGAAUCUGAGCUUCAUGAGCAUGGUGCUUACUUGGUGGACUCUCUCAUUGAGUCUAAUGAGAUGAUGAAAGACUGGGAAUGUAUGACAGACCUUCUCCUGGAGGAACCAGGGCCAUCAGAAGAGGCUCUGGAUGAUCGGCAGGAGACGAGCUUAAUAGAAAUUAUGGUCUGCUGUAUUAGGCAAGCAGCUACUGGAGAGCCGCCUGUCGGCAGGGGUCCUACACGUAAGAUACUCUCAGCAAAGGAACUGAAACAGGUGCAGGAUGACAAAAUAAGGUUGACAGAGCAUUUUAUCCAAACACUGCCACAACUGCUUGAUAAAUACAGAGCUGAUCCAGAGAAAUUGGCAAAUCUACUAGCAAUCCCUCAGUAUUUUGAGCUUGACAUUUACACUACUUCACGCCAAGAGACGUACCUCGACUAUCUGCUGAAGAAGAUAAAGUCAAUUGUUGAAAAGCAUCAUGAUACAGAUGUGUUGGAAACAUGUUCAAAGACACUAGAAAUACUAUGCACUGAGGGAAAUGCAAUUUUUACUCGAUGUGAUGUUGCGCGUAGCACACUUAUUGACUCUAUUGUUCACAAAUACAAGGAAGCCAUAGAUGAAUGGCACAGCCUCAUGCUUGGGAAUGAAGUACCAGAUGAAGAUGAGACAUUCAGUGUUGUCUACAGUUUGAAAAAAGUUGCCAUUUUCUACCAGUGUCACAAUAUGGGUCACUGGGGCGUUUGGGACCCUGUCUUCAGAGAUAUAAUUGAAGCACAGGGUGGCUCUAGCUUGAAGAGUUUACCGCAGGAGGCUAUUAAAUACUGCAUUUCUGCUGCAUUUUUUGGAAUACUGUGGGAUCUCCGCCACAUUGAGGAGCUGAUCGAAGGAGGUGCAAGUGGCAGUGAAGAAGUGGCUACCUUAAAGGGAAGGCUACAUAAUUUCAUGGACACCAUGAAGCAGCUUCUCCAGACAGCAGUGGUUCAAGCUUACAAAGAAGAGGCAUAUAUCACUGUGUGUGACCUUCUUGUGGUUUUCUGUAACCAAUUAGCAAGCAAUCAGGCAUUAACUGACCUCGUAUAUGAGCCAGACAGAGCCUUGCAGAGCAUGCUCAAUGACUUCAUUCAGCAGUAUGUGUUUAUUGUUGAAGAAGAUGGAAGCGUAGGGAUCCCAACUGAGCCCCAAGAUGAGCAUGAUGAACACCUAAAAAUUGAAGAACUCCACAAAAGACGAAAUUUUCUUGCGUCAUUCUGCAAGCUUAUUGUGUAUAAUAUAAUGCCCACAAAAGUUGCUGCUGAUGUAUUCAAACAUUAUGUCAAGUACUACAAUGAUUAUGGAGAUAUCAUCAAGGCUACCUUAGGAAAGGCUCGUGAAAUCAACAAGACCAAUUGUGCUCGGACCAUGGCCCUCAGUCUUACUAUGCUCUUCCGUGAUCUCCAGAGAGAUGGGAGUCGGAUUAAUAGACAAAUUGAAGAUUUCAUAAGUUUAAAGGAAUUAGCAAAACGAUUUGCGCUAUCUUUUGGACUGGAUGCUGUGAAGAACCGUGAAGCAAUAACAGCACUUCAUCGUGAGGGUAUAUUAUUUGCAGUUGAUCCACUGGAAAAUAUUGAAGACCCUACAGGCCCCCCUCCCAACCUACCAUUCCUUGAGAUACUCACUGAAUUUACGAAUAAACUACUGAAACAGGAUAAACGUGUUGUAUUGAAUUUCCUGGAUCGGCGGAUUGCUGCUGGGAUGCCCUCUAGCAGGGGUGAAGAUUGGCAGCCAUUACUUAUGUACAGGAACAGUUUAGUUCAUGGAGAAACUGACCAGCCUCCAGUUACCUCUAAACGAGCAUACGGUAGGAAGAAGAAAGAAGUUGAAGAAGAGGAAGCGAUGGAUGGAGAUGGUGAAGAGGUCACAUCAGAUCAGGAGUUCAAUGUUGGGUUUUGAUCACCCGUUGGAUGUACUACCAUUUUCAUGGGUGUUGUGUCCACUGUAACAGUGGUGAUGUGUUACAGUUAUUGGGUGAAGGCAAUUGCAGGAAUCCUGCCUGACUUCAGUCCAUUUUCAAAUAGUGGUUGCAGAUUGUACGAUACACCAUUCUACAACUGGACGGUACCCAGCACAGCUGGUAAUCAAGCAAAACAAGUUGUGUGCCUACAUCUUCUGCCAUUGAAGAUCAUCUUUACGUGACAACUGUGAUUUUUAGAAGUUAAUCAUAGUAUUUGUAUAGUUUGGACCAAGUCCACAUGUUUCAUUUCUGAUCUUUUGUUGUAAAAAGAUGCUACAUCGACGAGACUAGGAAUACAUUUCAGGAACUGGUGCUGAACAUACGUGUGAAAUCAAGCUUUAGGAGAGUGCAUUUAUUUUCGUUCCGUUUAUCCUCCUAAAGUGUUUAAAAGUUCCUCUUGCUAGCUUGUGUGAUUGUUCUGUUGCUCUAUAGCUGUAUGUGGAGAAAUAUUUCAUUUGACUAAAUUGCAGACAUAAAUAUACUGCAAUUUCAGGCCAUUUUGUAUUCGUAAAUUGCUACCUUCAUGUAGGAUACAGUAACAUAUGGUGCCAGUUCUUUGAAACUAGAAGCGUAUCGAUAGUGAGAUCUGUGCCCUCUCUUCUAUAGUGAUAUAAGACUGAGAGAAAAGCAUGUGAAAUAAAUUUUGUACAUGUUUGAUAUUCUGUGAGUUUGUGUAUUUUAUGUAAAAAAAAAAAAAAAGCUGGCUCAGGCUCAGUUGUUUGCUUGUACUUCCAGGAUAGUCUAGUUGGAUAUUUUUGUUUGUAAUUUGUCUUAACUAAAGUUUUUGGGUUGUUUGUAUUGAAUGUGAUGUUACUGCAGUGAUCAUGUGUUAUGUUGUAUAUACUUACUUGCACAAUUCUAAAGAGAUCCCCAAGUGUCAACACCACAUUCUGAACAUUUAACAGACUGUGACAAGUAGAGGAAGAAAUCAAGUAAGAAUAUUGGAAUGUAUUUUCUUGGGACUAGGUGGAUAUCAUGUUUGAAUUACCAGCGAAUUUCCAAAUACUAGGGACCACUGACACUGUUGUUGGUACUCUACAGCUAUUUCAACAAAAACUGAUUUGAAAUAGAUUGAACAUUUUUCUUUCUUGAAGAAGAAAUUAGGAGGAAUAAUUUUGACUGAAAAUUGGUAAACUGCACAUUUUACUUCACAUUAUAAAAUUUAACAGUGUUAGCUGGAAGUAUGUAUUUUAAUACACAAGAUUAUUUUGUUAGUGUACAAAAAUUGUAAACACUUUUUGUUUGACAGUGAUUCAAACGACAUAAAUAAGUUCCUCUGUUCACGUGUGGCAAAUAAUAUUUGUAUUUCCUCAUAUUGUGGAAAGGAAAAAGAACUUGAUUUGUUUGUGUCAUUGGUGGUGAGCAACUUGUAAGCUACAGGAUAAUUUCUUUAUAAUGUACGGUUUGUGUGUAACAUACAAUGUUUAUGUGAAAUUUUGUGUGAAAAUGAGAGAGUUUAACUGAAUUUUUUAUUUUGUUUAUAAUGUUCAUGCUAAGUGUAUCAUACCUAGCUUUAUUUCCAGACUUACAGAAAUUUUUUGGUAUUAUUGUGAUGAGAAAGAUAUGUGACCAUUUUUUGUCAGCCCCAACAAAAGUGUGUAGUUCCACUGUUUACAUGAAAGUUAUAAGUAAGUCUGUUCGUUAUAUAAUGGGAGUUUCGUUGUUAAGAAGUAUUAUUGGCUUGGAUUGGAAAUUUUAAUUGCAGUGUUCGGUGUAGAUUGUAACUGUGUUAAUUUUUUACACGUCACAGUUUCAGCUGUUAGCAUUGUCAGAUCUGUUGAAAGGAAACAAAACUUAUUACAAUACAGUAUGAAAUAUUAACUACAAUAUUUCAAGCCACCUAAUGUAAACCCUGCAAUUCAAAGUGCCUUGUAAUUGUAUCAUGCCUAAGCUGCAAAUGUAGCUGUGGCAGUUUAGCGAGUAGAGAAGUAGAGUCCAGGCUGGAGGAAGGGGAAGGGUGGGGAAUUUUCCUCAUUAGAUUCCCUACAGUGUGGCCCCAGGUCUACUAUCAGAAUGAGUAUCGGGGAUCUUUCCCGGGGAUAAAAGUUUUGUGGGGGCAAGGGACCUACGACCCCUCACACUCCUAGUGACUCAGCAGAUGGAAGGGCUGCACACUACCUGCAUUCAGGUGAUAGUCCAGUCAUGGUCUCACAGCCCAGGCUUUACUUAUAACGUGCAGGUACCUAUAGAAAAGUACAUGUUUUAUUCGCAUGUAAUCGUGCAUUGUAACAGUACAUUUUGUUCAAUUUUAACAACUCUAAUGAUGGUGAUUGGCUGAAACUAAUCGGUAGUGAAGUGUAAAAUAAUAAAUAAAUAAAACCACAACAAUAAUGUGCCCAAGUGAUUGUGGUAUGUUACUCAAACUGUCUUCUUGGUCCUUCAUAAGUUGCUUUCUUCCAGACUUCAUUCAUCAUGUUAGCAAGUUCCUUUUCAUGAUUUAUUACACAUGUUAGUUCUUUUGUAAUGGUUGAUUCUGAACCUGUUCUUCUUUCAGCUGCUUCUAAAAUUGAGUUAACAAGAAAAAUCCAUUCCUAUGCAACCUCUCUCCAUAUCUGUUUUAUUAACUGAUGAUUUUAACCAUUUACUUUGCACCCUCAGAAAUACUGGAAAGAAAAAGUGUUAAGUUACUUAAGUUAGGUGUAUAUGGUUAUGUGAACAAUUUUCCUCGUGAUGUUUCAAAACACAGUAUGUUACCUAUAAGAAUCAUUGCCCACAGAAGGCAUGCGGGGACUGCAUUAAAAGGACUACAUUGUUGCUCCUGUGGCUGAAAAAAUUGUUGCAUUUUGCAUUAUUGUACAUGAAAUGUGGUGAAACAAUUUCUUUUUGCUACAAAGUACGGAACAGUUACACAUUGUACAGUUGACUAUCCCUGAAAGCAAAGUCUGUGUCUUCGCUUUAGGCCCCUACACUAUCCAGUGGUCUAAACUAUCAUGUUGUAUAUCAUUCACAGGCACACGAGCUGAUGUUUAUUUCUUCCGGUCUUGCUGUCCAUGCAGUACUCAAAGCCAGUCUUCCUCUUCUCAUAAAAACUUAAGCCUAUUUGCAGAGUCCCAGGUAAGAAUCCAUCAACACAUUUGUUUAACAACUCAGCUUCAAGACUCCCGCUUUCCAUUUAUAAGCUUGAGAGCAACAUUGCUAAAUAGUGCUAAAAUCAUGUUAGCAAGAAAAAUCCUGUCUUAUGCAACAUAUCUCAAAUACUUUGUCUGGUCCAGUAGAAAUUAGAACCUUUCUCAACUUUUAGUUGAAUGAUAUCUUUUGAAAACACAUUAUCAUACAUAUAUGGAUGCAAAUACUUCAUCUGGGAAAUCUCUCUUCACCUCAAUGAGUGAUCAUAUGGGUAACAUGCAGUAGGAUAAUUAUAAAUUUAUGUAUAAGAAUAUGUAGCUUAAGUGUGAAAUUUUCAUUCUUUUUUGUGAAACUGUGUGGAAAAUCAUGGGAUGAGUAAUUUGUAUCAGAUUCAUUUAAUAUUUGUAAUUGGAUUGUUAGUUGACCACAAUAUUUUUGCACCAGGGAGUAAUUGUGCACUGGUCAACUUUCUGUGAUCUUUUAUCAUAUUAUUUCACGAGGACAUGCUGAACCACUUCAUAUUAUAUGCACAACUGUCCAGAAAGCAUUCAUGUUGCAUUGUUUUUCCGUUUGUCACAACUGUACUUCUUUAAAGUAUUGUGUCACCACAUUUUUUCCGAUAAUGGCCUCAGGAGGCAAAGUGCAAUAAUAUUGUGGUGGGGUAGUACAUAGUCUGUGCUUACUGUUUAUGUACAAAAAUAACAAGACCCUAGUGAGCAGACUGUCCCCCCACCCCUCCUCUGUGCCAGUUAUUCAAUACAGUUUUACAUACAUGUACAGGAAGUAAAAACUGUUACUUAAAAUGACAUAAUUUGACGUCAUUGUGUGCUUUAGCAGGACUGAUUGUAUUGUAAUUAUGAGUAUUGAGAGUUUGUUGCAGAUCGUGCUUGAUAGGCCUAUUAUGGUAUUUUAUGUAUAUUUUUUUCAUGAAGUAGUAUAGUCCUAUAUGCAGAGAGAGAGAGUGAAUGAAUGAAUGAAUGUAUGAACACUUGUUAGUAAUUUUUCUGAUUAUUGUAACACAGUUUUUGUGUGUAAAUAUAAUUUUAAUAAAAAAGAUAAAAAUA